AGGUAUGUAACAGUGCUAUGUUCACAUGUGUCCCUCAUAAUACCACGUGAUAUGACGUCACAACGCUCCUUAUAAGGAAGGUCACGUGGUAAUACCUUCUCCAGUUAUGGCGGAGACCUGUCAUGAGUUGUACAAGUGUGUGGUGGAGUUGGAACAGGCGGAGAAGGAAUACGGUACUCAGCUGGGUAUUCUGUCAGAUUUAUUCAUUCCACAUCUCAAGAAACCCCAUAAAAUAGAUGGUGAUCCAAACAGAAUAUGCGUUGUAACGACCGAGGAAAUGGAGCAGAUGCUGCUUACAAAGAUCAAGGAUUUAUGUGAAGUCAGUAAAGGUCUCUCAAGCAAGCUCAAAGAACGGCUAAAAGCAUGGGAUGAAGAUAGCUCCCUGAUAAGUGAUGUGUUCCUUAAAUACCCUGAUUUUUGGGACCUAUACGGUUACUUCUGUCGCAACAUUGACUCCGCUAUGAGGAGAUACGAUGAGAAGAUGAUGAGUCAUGAUUUCGCGGCGUUAGUUUCCCUCAAGCAGGGGUUCACUAACCCUCCUCUUAAAGAUCUCAUCAUGUUACCGGUUCAUCGAAUGAAGAAAUACAAGGAAUUUUUUGAGGUUUUUCUCGAGAAAACCGUUGGAGCAGAUUUCAUUUUCAGUCAUCCUGAUUUCUCCAAUAUAAUGGAAUGUAAGAAGCAAGUAGAAAACCUCCUUCCUCCUGAUAUUGAUGCUAUUGUAUCCAGAAACCAGCACGAACAAUAUCAGAAAAUCGAAGCUUCGCUGGGGUCUCUAGCUAACGAAUUCACAUCUUAUAUGAAACUCCUGCACGAGGAACCGGCAGCAGCAAUACCAUGGAAGAAGCGUGCCUUCAGGAAAUCAUUUAACCGGAAGGAACCUCUGAAGGAUGAGAGAUAUGAUAUCGGAGGUAAGAAGUAUGGGACAACAGAUCUCACUCCUGACAUUCUCAACGCGAUGAAGAAACAGGAAGAGAAGGACGCGAUGAGUGGGAUGCCAUCUCCACGAAGGAACGCCAAGAAAACAGCACCCCCAAGUGAGAACUUUGUUGGGAGCGUCUCUAAAGUUAAAGUAAGAUGGGAAGAUGAGGUUCACACAUACAACCUCCUCCUCUUCAAACAGUGUCUCGUUUUCUCCAAAACACGAAAUAGGACUAUGAAAAUAUCACGGAUUAUCAAGUUAAAGCAGCUGUGGUUGUCCGAUUACAAAGAUUCGGUGGUAGGAUUCGGUCACGUUGAGAAAGAGGAAAAUGCUUGUCUCGGGUCAUGGCUGGGCUCCGAGCUGGAUCCGGAGCUGUUACAUAGAGUUAUUUUUAGUUUCUCUAACAAAGAUGCGAGAAUGCACUGGUAUACGACGAUACAGCGACACAUUCAGGCAGCCAGGGAGAAAGAGGUUCUACGAGCAGGUCUGAUCAAGGUCUACUUCAAGAAGAGUGACAGUCAGCUAUCAGUUCCUGGUGACAACCUCUGGCAAGGCAUGUCCUGUCAGGAGAUCCAAAUAGAUCCCACACAAACAGUGGAUAAUGUUAUUGAAGAUGCUGUUAAGAAAUGUCAGAUGAAGGAUAAUUCCUACACACUUUCUUUCAUUGUUCUUCAAGACACUAAAAUAGCCAUAGAAGAGCAGCUAAUCUGGAUGGAGAUGCCACUCGUGAUCAGAGCGGGGUCAAGAGGAUGUUACCGGACCCCAAAAACAUGAAAACUAUUUACGUGCUGCAAGAGAACGGGUCUAGUAUGUGCUCCAGCGGUAGCUCCAGCAGUCCUCUCCCUACCACCAAACUAAACACUGUGGUCACCUUCUUCAGAGGGAGAUCUAACUCUGUCUGCAACCUGCGACCAACACCUCCUUCCCAGCACCUCACACCAACAGUAAAGCCUGGUAACAAAGUGUUCGGUGUGUCUCUCUCGGAGUUCAUGGGGGAGAACCCUGAUAAGAUACCACCAACUCUUCUUGAUCUAUUUGUGUAUCUCUUUAACCAUUGCUACAACUGCGAGGGGAUUUUCAGAAUUCCUGGUUCCCUUGCCGUCCAAAGAGCUUUUGAAAACCGUCUAGAAUCAGGAGAACGGAUAGAUUGGUCGGCUGAAGAAAAGCAGCAAGACAGGUUCUUUCUCCCAAAUGUGGCUUCUUCGCUCUUCAAAUACUACCUGAGGUCACUUCCAGGAGGCCUCGUGCCCAGCAAUCUAUUCCCUGAGCUAGAAUCCUGGCGGAAGAAGUCUGAUGAGGACAAAAACGUCGAGAAAAGCGUAAGUGAGAUGAAUAUAAUCCUCUCUGGCAUCCCCGAUGCUAACCGUACGCUGCUACGAUACACUUUGCACACUUUGAAACGUAUAGCUGCCUUCAGUACUGUUAACCUGAUGGGAGACAAGGUUCUCUCAACCUGUAUAGGGCCCAGUCUAAUAACCUGGCCGGACGAUGCUAACGCUCUAAGUAUCUUGGUGGAUCAAUACCGUCGCGCGACACCGUGCUACGUGACGGAGUUUCUGUUGAAGCACGUGCGGGAACUGUUGGGAAGUGAGCCGCGCGAUCUGGAGAGAAGGAAGGUGAUAGAUGACGAGGUGAAGAGCAGAGUAAGUGCGAACAGGGUGGACGAGGUUGAGAGCAGUGAUGAGGACACCAGCAGUGUCUGGCUCAUGGUCAGGAGCAGUAUCAAGGAACAUGACCAUAAACCUCUACUUCUAGAUCUUGCACCGUUAGAUUUGAAGGUUAGUGCACGUGCGCCAGCUGUUGAGCCAGAUUCGCCGACCUGCCUGAAAUCUCCAGUAAUCCUCACAUUUGAUGACGCAUCAGAGACUUCGACUACAGGCUCCGGACCGAGUGAAAACUUUGGAACUUUGGUUUAAGUAUUAAAGUAGGAGUAGGGAAUAGAAAACCAACUAGUUAAAGCUUUAAACACUGAAUUAUUCUGGAAUGGAAAUAUUCUCGCUAAAGUAUAUUAUGUAUAAAGAAUGUAUAAUGCUCAGGACGAAAUGAAAUCUAUAUAUAUUCCGAUAAUUCUAAUAUCAUAACUAGUUUUAAAAUUAAAAUGCUACCGUAUGUAUCAUGUUUAUUGAAAGAUUUUUACCCAUUCAUUGUUUGUUAACAUUUUAUAAGAUUAUGCAUUACAUGCAUUUUUAAGGGAUUUGUUAUCCAAAGUGUAUAAUUGAGUUAUGAAGGAUAAGUCUUUCGGGAUUUGCUUUAAAUUUUUAUGGGUUUCGUUAUGUUUUUACACAAUCUUUUAACCUGGAUAAUCAAAGAUUCGUAUUCGCAAAUGAAAAUGAUUAGUUUUGAAUUGCAUGGUGUUUUUCACAACAUUUAUAAAGCCACAGACACAGUUUGAACGAUUUUUUUCUUUGAAAUGAUAUAUAUAAAUCCCCGUAAAUAAUUCUAUUGCGCAAAUUUUGCAGAUUUUAACUAAAACGAUAAUAUAUUUACGUCAUUGUUGAUGAUGAAACUCAAUGUGAGACAGCCCUUGUUUUUUACAAAUGUAUGUAAUCUUGUAGCUCGAUCCUGUCAAUAAUAUAUCUAUAUAUAUGAGUUUAUGAAUGUAAGUCUUUCAGGACACGAGAAAUUUUAUUUGUUGAUGAUUAUUGUCAAUUUGCAUCAGUCACACCUGGGUCUCUGGGUGUUGUU